AUGGAAAUAGUCCGUAAAGUUAUUAGCGGUCUCACUACAUCUGAUUUAGUAGAAGCAUAUAAAUAUAGUAGAGACCAUUUAUAUAACAUAAUCCAUCCUUUCACUCAUUAAUAUGAAUAAUACUUCAUAGCCUUUUGUAGAAAAAACGAUUUAGGUUAUUUUGAUCAAUCAGUACUUUUAGUCCUGGUGUUCUUCUGCCUUAUUAUGACCUUAAAGACCAUCUAUAGCAUACUUAACUUUAUUUUCAAAGAAAGAGAAGUCAGCUUAAAAGCUUAAAUUUUCAAGCUUAUAGUUACUUAUGUGCCAUUUGCUAAAAAAGAACUUGAAAAGAGCAAGUAGAAGUUAGAGCAUGAGUUAGAACACACUAUUGAUAAAUACACUAAUGAAAAAUGCCCUGUAUUAAAUGAUAAAGGAAUGAACUAAGCUCUCCUCUAAAAGAGAUUUAAGGACUGGAUUGAUAGAGAUGAUAAAUUAUCAGGAUCUGGUAAGAUAUCUGGCUCUAGAUAUGGUGAUGAUAGAGAUUUCGAGAAGGAAGUUUCAGAGUUUGCAAAGGGUUUCUUAUACCACAAUCCUAUGCAUUAUGAUAUUUUCCCUGCAACCAGAUAAAUGGAGGCAGAAAUCAUUAAAAUGACAUGCAAUUUAUUUGGAUCUAACGACGGUUAUGGGUUCACAACAACUGGUGGUACUGAAUCAAUCAUGAUGGGUGUCCUUGCUCAUAGAAAUUAUGCUGCAAAAUAUAGAAAAAUCACUGAACCAAAUAUAGUUAUGCCUGUAACUGCUCAUCCUGCCUUCAAUAAAGCAUGCAACUUCUUCAAAGUCAAGUGUAUCAGAGUUCCUGUCAAUAAAGAUUCUGUUGUUGAGAUCAGCGAAGUGAAAAAAAGAAUUGACUCUAAUACAAUAAUGCUUGUUGGAUCUGUUCCAAACUUCCCUCACGGUACUAUUGAUCCUAUUCCUUAAUUGGCCAAGCUUGCUAAAUCAAAAGGAAUUGGCCUUCACGUAGAUUGUUGUUUAGGUGGCUUUGUCGUUGCUUUUGCUAAAGAUUACAAUUUAGAUAUUCCACCUUUUGACUUUACUGUUGAUGGAGUAACUUCAAUAAGCUGUGAUCAUCAUAAAUACGGUUUAGCCCCAAAAGGUGUAUCAGUGUGUAUGUUUAAAACAUUGGAAUUAAGACAUUCUUGCUACACAUCUCUUAGUGACUGGCCUGGUGGUUUUUAUGCUACUCCUUCUGUUUGUGGUUCAAAAGCAGGAGCACCUAUUGCAGGAGCAUGGUAUGCUAUGCAAUAUCAUGGCAAGCAAGGAUACAUUGAAAAAUCUAAGAGCAUAAGUGGAUGUGUUAAAUAGCUAGUGUAAGCCAUUAAAGAAUCUCCUGAAUUAUAAGAAAUUGAUGUUAUUGGUAAUCCUAAAACAGUCGUCGUUGCUAUUGUUUACAAAAAAGGAGUUAAUAGAAAUAUUUAUCACUUAGAAGGAGCUUUAAGUUAAAAGGGAUGGGCUUUUGCUGGUGUUUAAAGACCUGCAGCCAUUCAUAUUUCAAUUACUCACGGUAUCGCAAACCGUGUUAAAGAUUUAAUUAGAGACCUUAAGUUAGCAGUUAAAGAAGUUGCAGAAAAUCCUGAAAAAUUUAAAAAUAGUUCUAGCUCUUCUAUAUACGGUGCUUCAGUUUAGGUUCCUGAUACAAGAAUACUUGACAGUAUGCUUGAAAUUUGUGUUGAUUUCUGCUUAAGAUUGUGA